AUGCUGGAGCCAAGACGUUCUUCACGAGCUCGCAACCCAGUCCCUUCUUACCGUGAUGAUCUUGAUUUAGAGCUUCCAACUUUGCGGAAGAGAUCAAAGUUUAGUUCAUCAUGGGCGAGUUAUCUUGCGAGACCAUUGCACGAAGUUAAAACUGCUUCAUAUGAAGAAAGAGCUCAGGCUUUUAAGUGUGCAGAGAAGCUACAAAGCAAUCUACAAACUGAAAAUCCAUCCUUUGUCAAAUCAAUGGUUCGAUCUCAUGUUUAUAGUUGCUUUUGGAUGUUUUGUGAGGACCAUCUUCCCAAGUCUACCGUAGAUAUUGUAUUGGAAGAUGAGAAUGGAACAGAAUAUGAUGCUGUUUUCAUUAGCAAGAGAAGUGGGCUAAGUGGUGGAUGGAGAGCAUUUGCGCUGGAUCAUAAAUUGGAUGAUGGGGAUGCGUUGGUUUUCGAAUUGACUGAGCCAACAAGAUUUAAGGUUCACACAGUUAGGGCAUCAAACUGUUCAAGUGAAGAUGAUAUGCCUGUCACAGAAGUAGACAGUGAUGAGGAUAAGACAUCAACGGAGGUAGUGAAGCUCAGUAAAAAAAGUGACACCCAACCAAAGCAUUCCAAAAAGUCCAAGAAAGAUGAAAACUCCACGAGGGCUCCAGUCAGAAAGCGAAACAGGAAAUGAAAGCAAUCGGGAAUUAUGUACUAAGCCACUCUUGAAUAGAACAGGAGUAGGAAUUUUUUGGAUGCUAGGCUGAUAUGGCUAAAGUGCUACAGAUGGAAUGUUACCCGAAGACUACCAAUUAGAAAGUCUUUGUUGUGUAUUUGGUCGUAAAUUGUUGUUCCAUCUAUAAUGAUUAGUGUGAUAGCAUAUCAC